CUUUGCAAGAAGUACUGUGAACACAAGACAUGGGCCUUAUGCUACCUUCACCAGACAGUCCUCGAGAACGCGCACGGCAACUCAUAGCUAAAAAAGAUGCCAUAGAAGCAGAAAUAAGUGCUCAGGCUGAUGUUCUCAAAGCAAAUUCAUCCGACAUGACCACGCCUUUAGUCGACCGCGAGGGCUUUCCUCGCGCGGAUCUGGACAUUUACGCCAUACGGCGAGCACGCCACCGCAUAAUAGAGCUCAGAAACGACCUCAAGGAUAUCACAAAUGAAAUUGGGAAGGUGCUGGAACAAGUAUUUGAUCCCUCGGUGGCUGCUCUCGUGCCUUCGACGUCUGUGUCGGUAGAAGCUUCCUCACUGCCCAGCAACAUCGAGGGGGACAACCCGAAGCCGUUUGCCAGAGUAGAUGGUGUAGCCCCUGGUAGUCCUGCUGCUGAAUCCGGUCUUCGCCGCGAAGAUCUCAUUGUCAAGUUUGGCCACCUGACAAGGACAUCGGCGGCCUUACUGCAGCGACUCGCAGAACUCGUAUCUGUUAGUGAAAAUCGAGAACUGGUGGUGCAGGUUCUCCGUGAGGAAGAGACAUUAAACCUCAACCUCAUUCCUAGGAAAGGUUGGGGAGGCCGUGGCAUGCUGGGGUGUCACAUCGUGCCAUAUAACAUAGCCUGAUUCAACUACCUAGGAGGGAAAAUGUCGGGAGACUACAUCUCCUUCCUUCGGUGACAGGAGGUAUAUCACAGUUACAACUUCACACCAUGUGUUAUCGCCUUAUUCAUCUCUUUCGAUUGUGCCAUAAGACGUCCGACUUCUCCAUGGAUGAUGUGAGACCCUCCCUUAACGGCCUACCUCCUGAUUACUUUGACGUUGGAAUUGUUUUCCU